UUUCGGUUUUAGCUUUCAGAGUUGAGCUUGCUACCCUAAGAAUACGCAUCGAGCUCUAGAUAAUCUCUUGCCAUUAGUCGUCAGCGAUUGGAGUACACUAGGGAACGUGUUUGAACCUUUAAAGACUGGCGUUGAAGUGCAACCUCAUCUGUACGUCCAAGGUCCUAGUUCCUAGAGCCCUGAAACUACAUCUCGCGGCGAACUUCUCGGGCCGUUCGCUCCACUCUCAAGCGUACAAUGUCGGACACGGAAGAAGCGGAAAAUGCUGCGCCUGAGGAGGUGCCGCAGGGAGAGGCGGCUGAAGCCGCCCCUGCCAAAGAGACAUUAGGCGAUGAUGCGCGUGAAGGGGAAGAAGAAGUGGACGGAGGGGGUGAGGGAGGGGACGGAGGGGGUGAGGGAGGGGACGGAGGGGAAGGGGCUGAAGCAGCGAAUGGAGACGCAGAAGGUGAAGAGAAGGCCAGUGAGGAGGGAAAGGCGGGUGAAGAAGAAGGGAAGGUAGAAGCGGAAGUUACCCCUGCUGAACCGGGUGAAGCAACUGAAGCAGGUGAUGUGAGUGGUGCGGGUGAGGCAGGCGAAACAAGCGACUCUGGAGAGACAAGUGGCGAAGGUAAAGCAGCGGAAGGGACUGAAGCGGCUGACGCAACUGAAGAAGGAGAAACAAACGAAGAAGGGAACGCAAGUGAAGAGACUGCAGCGGUUGAAGCUGCUGAGGCAAUUACGGAAGAGGCGGCGGAAGAGACGGCUGGAGAGGUGGAAUCAGAGAGUGCAGCUGAUGGCAACGCAGAAGCGGAAGCAAACGAUGCUGCGCCGGCAGAAGACGAGCAGGAGAAGGGAGUUGACAAUCAAGAAGGCGGCGAGGGGGAGGCCGAGGAUGCGGGGGAGACGGGGGUGACUGAAUCGGGAGGUUCUAACGCCGAAGAAGCACCUGCAGAGGAUGCUGCUGCAGCAGAGGCUGCAAGUGCUGAAGCAAGUGGGGAGGCGAGUGGGGAUACAUUGAAGGAAGACGAUGAUGAUGAUGAUGAGAAAUCAGAGUCCGAUGGUGAGCCUGCUGCUGCUGCUGGUGAUGGUGGUGAUGGUGAUGGUGAAGGCGGGGAAGCGGAAGAAGGUACGGGUAGCGGAGACGAGGAAAGAGCAGCAGAGGUAGAGCGGGGAGAGGCAGAGGAUGAGGCGGUGGAGGAGAAAAGAGAGGAAAGCGCUCUUGAGGGAGGAGACGAAGCAACGGCAGAAGAGAAGGAAGAUGGCAAGGAGGAGCGGCAAGAAGGGGGAGAGGAUGCGGCAGAGGGUGCAAGUGGAGAGGGAGGGGAGGGAGGAGAAGGGAAGGAGGGUGGUCCAGGAGAAGGGGAGGAGGCAAGUGAGCGGAGAGGAGGGGGAGAAGAAGGUGCUGAGGCCGACGCUGUAGGAGAAAGCGGCGAGGUUGACGGGGAGGGGGCAGCAGAGGAGGCGGGGGGGAAUGGAGCGGGGGCUACGGAGGAUAAGGAUGAUGACGUGGCAUCAGUGUCGUCGGGAGAAGAGGAUGGGGAGGAUAACGCAGGUGGAAGAGAGGAGAGAAUAGAGGGUGGGGAUGGAUGCCUAGAGGACGCAGUGAGGGGAGAGGAGGACAAGACGGAAGACGAGGAGAGGUCUGAGAAGGGGGGAGAGGAGGAAGAGAGGCGGGGUGAGACAGAGGGGGGAGGGGACGUGGCAGCGAAGGGAGAGGCGAAGGCGGAGGAAGGAACAGACGAGGAAGAAAGCACGCAGGAAGGAGACGGAAAAGAAGAGGAGGAAUUAGUAAGGACGGAGGAAGCGGUUACUAUUCACGUUGAUGGGGAGAAUGAGAAGGAAGGGGAGGUGGUUGGGGUGGCAGAAACGAGUGGUGAGGGAAAAGAGGGGGCAGUGUCAACCAACGGCGAGGUGGAAGAGGUUAAGGUGAAAGAGGGGGAGGUGGAAGUGGGGGAGGUGGAAUCUGUUGCAGGGCAGAACCAUGUGGGCGACAGAGGGGAUAGUGAUGAGAAGAGUGAGGAUGGUAAGAGCAGUAGCGACAGCGAGAGUAGCAGCGAGAGUGGGAGUGACAAUGGGAGUGACAAUGGGAGUGACAAUGGGAGUGACAAGGAGGAAGACAAUGAGGCGAAGAAAGAGAAGAAGAAAAAGGAUAAAAGAGAGAAGAAGGAUAAAGAGGGUAAGAAGGAUAAGAAGGAUAAGAAGGAUAAGAAAGACAAGGAGAAGAAGAAGAAGAAAAAGAACAAGGAAGAGGAUGAGAAGGAGGAAGAGUCUAGGGUAGGAAUGAAGACCGAAGCGGAGGUGCAGGCACUCCUGCAGGCACAGAAGGCAGCAUUUGAGUCGACUCAGAAGGCACAGGAGGCAGAAUGGGGCGCCCGCCUGGCUGAAGCGGAAGAGAAAGUCCAAAAGAUGCGGCUGCUGCGACAAGCCCUGGAGCUGCGAGCGUCCAAAGCGGAGGAGCAGCUGGGGAAGUUGAGGGAGGAGCUGGAGGCGGAGGAGAAGAGGAGGCGGGCGGCGGAGGCGGCACGGGAGGAGGCGGAGGAGGGGCGGCGGGUGGCGGAAGAGGGGAUGGAGGCGAUGGUGGAUGCCAAGAGGCAGACCGUGAAGAACCUGACCGAGUCGCUGCUCGCCUCUGAGGAGCAGCGGAAGAGGCUCGUUGCAGUUCUGCGGUCUGUGAACGGAGACCAAAGCCAAUCGGUGUGGGGCACCAUCAUGUCGUUUUUUGACACCAACAAGGCUUGAUCCCCCAACCCAACCCAAGUGAAGCUAUCACCCCAUGGCUCCUCGCCUCCAUGGCUGCUCGCCUCCAUGCCUCCUCACCUCCAUGCCCUAGCGGCUGCCGAGUGCCUGUCAGCAUGGUUCCUUACACGUGACGUGAGCGUCUGACUGCAAGCUAACUUCCCCCGAGAUGAUCAGGGCGGCUUAUGGUUCUCGCUCCCUGGUGCUUCUCCAGGGGGGAGGGGGGGCUUUAGAAGACUCAGAGUUGGGUAAUGAACGGCAGGGGAGCCCUUUAGCAAGGUCUGCUCCGCACAGCUCGCAGUUGUGACAUGGGUGUUAGCACUAACCCCCCUACGCCAUUGAACUGAUCCCACAGGCACCGGUAUUUUCACUACAAUAUUUAUAUCCUGAUCGACUCGUAAGAUGUAGAGUUGCUAACAUAGGUAUUGCUGUUCUUGUUGCUUUUACGUGCGUAAGGAUUAUACGUCUUUA